GGGACGUUUACGACGAACGUCACCAGAAUACGGAUAACCGUUAACAACUAGCGACGAUAACCUUUACGAGUGCCAUUAUAGUACUCAACAAAAUGACUGAAUUACUGAGCACAUAAAGAUAACGGCCGUCUCUGCCGAAACAGUCUGUCUUGUUCUGACGUUUGAACCAGACCGAAUUUUCCGUUUUGAGCGCAGCCCCGGGGUAUUUGGUGAUGUGAUCCAGGGGGCGUGACGUGACCCCGCACUGGCUGAUGCAGACCUCUCCAGGAAAGUAAACACACCAUUCCGUCAAGAUGGCCCCGCUCCCCGGGUUCCGAGUGGCUCUGCUGGUGUCGUUUUCAGUAUUUCUAACGGUGGUCCUGGGCUUUGGACUGCCUGCUAUGCUUAACGCCGCUAUGAGGGUGUUUGGACUACCGGAGACGAGUGUAACCGAGUGCAUAGUUGUGCUAUAUGUAUUCUUUGUGCUGUACGUUUCGACGCCCCGAAUUCCUAGAGGAAAGGUUGAGGUGAAGGGUAAAGCUGUGUUCAUUACAGGCUGUGAUAGUGGAUUUGGUCAUGCACUUGCCAAACAUCUGCACAAACAUGGCUUCACAGUCUUUGCUGGGUGUCUUCUAAAGGAUAAAGGUGGAGAGGGUGCAAAGGAGCUGGAGGAAUUUCAUUCCGAUCGCAUGAAAGUAGUCCAACUGGAUGUGUGCAGUGAUGAACAGGUGAACCAGGCUGCAGAAUACAUCAGGGAUAAUCUGGAGGAGUCAGAGAGAGGUCUGUGGGCGGUGGUGAACAAUGCUGGUGUGUCCACAUUUGGAGAAGUGGAGUUUACUUCCAUGGACACCUAUAAGCAGAUGUCAGAGGUCAACCUGUGGGGAACAAUCCGGGUUACUAAGGCUGUUCUGCCACUGAUCCGUAGGGCCAAAGGCCGCGUUGUUAACCUGGCUAGCAUGUACGGGAGGAUGGGAAACGUCAUGCGCUCGCCUUACUGUGUGUCCAAAUACGGCAUUGAAGCAUUUUCUGAUUGCCUCCGCUAUGAGAUGAAGCCCUGGGGCGUCAAAGUGUCCGUAAUCGAACCAGGGAACUUCAUCGUAGCCACGGGCAUCCUCACACGUGACAUUGUAGCAAACACAGCUAACAAACUGUGGAACGAGGCACCCCCACAGGUGAAGGAGGAUUAUGGGAAGGCCCACUUCGAGCAGCUCAUGGCUCUGAUGCGCUCGUACUGCAACAGUGGACAGAAAAGCAUGGCUCCUGUUUUGGAUGACAUCACUGACGCCCUUGUGUCCAAACGUCCGUACACACGAUACAGCCCCAUGGAGCCGCACUGGUGGAUCAGAGUCCAGAUGAUGACACAUCUGCCCAGCGCCAUAUCCGACCUCCUCUACUUCUAAAAGAGAAACCAUCCUUCUUCCAGCUCCCUGUUUCUGCCCUUGGAUCACAGAUGGCAGCGUUUAUUUAGAUGAUGUAGCACUACAUAGAUCUGCAGACUCACACUGAAGAGGGAUUCCUCAGCACUUGAAACCAUUCACUGAUCAAGCCUUAAAACUAAAUGUUUUUUAGACUGUAUGUAAAUUAUUGCACUUUGCUUUUGUAUGUCUGACAACCAGAGUAGCUGUGUAAACGGACACAUUCCAUGUUAAGUAGUAACUACUGAGUGGUGGAUAUCAGCAGGGUAAGACAUUGUCAUAGCAUUAAAUCAUGCAUCUUUAUUGCUUGCUGUGGUUUUAUCAUGUAUCUCUCACAUUUCUUUUCCCUUCCUGGUACUUACGUUUCCAGCUUGGAAAUCUUUACUCCCUUCCUUGGUGUGAGGACCAAGUGAGGGAAGAAGGGCUUCCUGCUGUUGUGUUGUGGCAGACGCCGGAACAAACUGAGGUCAGCUACUGUAACGACAUGGUGAGAUUUGGCUCAACUCAUCUGAAAAGUUACAUAACAACAGCACAAGCCUUGUUUGUCUGAAAUGUGCUUCGAAAUUCUGCUGGUUGCUCGGACAGCGAGGUUGAUUGAUGUGAUUAAUGAGCAUGAUGGGACAAAAACACGCCCCCUGGCUUUCCUUGCUUCUAACUUCUAACUGGAAAAAAUAUUUUGUAAAUAAGUGAUGUGAAUGAAAAUAAUGAAAAAGUAUAAUUUUUCAAGAAUGGAUUGAAAUAAAGUGACCGAAAUGUGA